AUGACUUUUGAUUCAUUAGAAGAAGGGGUGAAAUUCUAUGAAACAUAUGCUAAGGCUUGUGGUUUUGACAUUAGAUUAGGGACUAAGAAAGUCUAUAAAGGUGUUGUUACAUCUAAAUAUUAUUUGUGUAAUAAACAAGGAAUGAGGGAACAAAAAUUAGGUGCAUUGAGAAGAAGGCUUGUAACUCGUGAAGAUUGUUAUGCUAAAAUUGUUUUUCAAAGGACUAAAGAGGGUAAAUAUUGGGUUUUUAAGUUUAUUGAAGCCCAUAGCCACAUUCUUGCCUCACCUAUUUCUAGGCAACAUUUAAAAGGGUCAUCUAGUUUAAAUAGUGGACAAAAAAGAUACAUUAUGAACAAUUUGAACUUGAAUAAAGGUCCAACAAGUUCAUAUAGGAUGUGGAAAGAACAAGUAGGAAGUUAUUUGAAAUUUUUUUUUGAUUUUGAGGUUGAUGAUACUAAAUCUCUAUCGAAGGCAAUUUGGGCUGAUGGUAUUAGUAGGAGAAACUAUUCAUUGUUUGGUGAUUCAAUAUCUGUGGAUGCUACUUAUGGUACUAACAAGUAUAAUCAAAUUUUUGUUCCUUUCACGGGUGUUGACCAUCACAAAAAAUGUGUUACUUUUGCUGUCGGUCUUAUUAGUAGGGAAGAUGUAUCUUCUUAUACUUGGUUAUUUGAAUCUUUUUUGAGGGCAAUGAAUGGAAAACAACCAGAUUCCAUUAUAACAGACCAAGAUCCAGCCAUAAAAAUUGCUCUACCCAAUGUUUUUGACAAGUCUGUUCAUAAAUUCUUUUGUUGGCAUAUAAUGAAGAAACUAACUGAUAAAGUUUCUAUUGAGUUACGUAAUGAUGAUGAGUUUUUAAGAAGGAUUAAUAGACUUGUAUAUAAUAGGGAUAAUGAGCCCCAUGAAUUUGAAGAUCAGUGGUCAAAAAUGAUGUCGGAUUAUGAGCAUGCUAAUUUAAGAAAUAAUGACUGGUUGAAUAGUAUGUAUGAUAUUAGAGAAAUGUGGGUGCCCGCAUAUUUUAGAGAUCUUUAUAUGGGUGGUUUGCUUAGAACAACAUCUAGGUCGGAAAGUGAGAACAAUUUUUUCUAUUACUUUGUGAACAAAUUUCUUACAUUAGUUGAACUCCAAAUGAGGUUUCAAAGUGCGAUGGAUGUUCAACGUUAUAUGAUGCAAACACUAGAUAGUAAAUGCAAGUUAUAUUCUGCACCUUUGAAGACUCGUAUCCCUCUUGAAAAACAUGCUUCUAGUUUUAUUGCUCUUGUAAGUUAUUCAAAAGAGUAG